AUGGCUUUCGUAGCGAUGGAGGCUGCAACUUCCAUAAUUCCAUCUUAUCCUUCGCCUUAUCCCAAAUCACAGUCCUUCAAUGGACCUUUGUACUCUUCAAUUAGCUUCCGCAUUUCCCGUUCUGCCCCUGCGGCUUCUCCGAAAUCCACUCUUUCCGGCCACCAUCCUCUUCCUCCUUCGCGGCCCACCGGAAAACAUGGCUUCCAAUUGAACGCGGCUGCGGAAAGUGUAGCCGUUGAGCCACAGGUUGAAAAAUCCCUAAAGGCCCAGAACAAAAGAAAGCUUUUUGUGCUCAACUUGCCCUGGUCUUACUCUGUUGCUGAUAUAAAGAAGCUGUUUGGUGAAUGUGGAUCUGUUGAAGACGUUGAGAUUAUAAAGCAUAAAGAUGGGAAAAACAGAGGCUUUGCGUUUGUGACAAUGGCUUCUGGGGAAGAAGCUCUGGCUGCAAUAGAGAAAUUUGACGCUUAUGAAUUGGUUGGUAGGAUUAUCAGAGUACAGUUUUCCAAGAAGUUUAAAAAACCUAUUCGUAAAGAUCCUGUAAGCCUCCCACGGGGAGAAACUCGAUAUAAGCUUUAUGUGUCCAAUCUUGCAUGGAAAGUGAGGUCAAACAAUCUUCGGGAUUUAUUUACUUCUUCUGAGCUCAAUCCUGUUUCGGCUAGAGUCGUAUUUGAUAGUCCUUCGGGAAGUUCAGCUGGAUAUGGGUUUGUGUCUUUCGCAACAAAAGAGGAAGCAGAAUCGGCAAUUUCUUUACUAGAUGGGAAGGAAUUGCUGGGAAGACCGAUUCAUUUGAAAUUUAGUGAAAAGAUCACUGAGGAGGCAGCUUCUGAAAGCAAAGAAGAUGAAUCGAGCGAACAACAGCACAAAGAGUCUUAG